UGCAGCUGCUGCUGGCACUGCGGAGUAAGCUCCUGUUUCGGAUGCGGACGCCUGAGCCCAGCGCUGUCAUGCUCCUGCCGCGGGGCGGGCUGCAGCGUCGUCCCGUCGCUAUAUAAGCGCGAGCAGAGGGGGCACCCGGAGGGGCUGAAAAUGAAGGUGCCCGCGCAUGGGCCGCCGCUGAUUGCCAACCCCUCCCGAGCUCGCUCCCGGCGCGGAGCCCGAGGCCGCCGAGGACCCGCCUUAGCCGCAGUAGCAGCUGGUUCAGCGACGCGGACAGCAGCUGCGGCGGCGGUGGCGGUGGCGCCCCUCGCGCCAGCGCAUAGAGCGGCGGCGGCGACUCCGGGGCCGCCGCUGGCCCCGCUGCCAUGAGUUGUGUGGAGGUGAUGUAUCACCCCCAGCCGUAUGGAGCGCCCCAGUAUCUGCCCAACCCUGUGGCAGCUACAACCUGCCCUACAGCCUGCUAUCAUCCGCCGCCCCAACCUGGCCAGCAGAAGAAGUUAGCGGUAUACAGCAAGAUGCAGGACUCUCUGGAAGUCACGCUUCCCAGCAAACAAGAGGAGGAGGAGGAGGAGGAGGAUGAGGAGGAGGAGGAGGAGAAAGACCAGCCUGCCGAGAUGGAGUACCUUAACUCUCGCUGUGUCCUUUUCACUUAUUUCCAGGGAGACAUUGGGUCAGUAGUGGAUGAACACUUCUCAAGAGCUUUGGGCCAAGCCAACACCUUGCAUCCCGAAUCUGCCAUUUCAAAAAGCAAGAUGGGGCUAACCCCCCUAUGGCGAGACAGCUCAGCUCUUUCGAGCCAGCGGAGUAAUUUUCCAACUUCCUUUUGGACCAACUCUUACCAGCCCCCACCUGCGCCUUGUUUGGGGGGAGUUCAUCCUGACUUCCAAGUCACUGCACCCCACGGCACCACCUUUACUACAGCAGACCCCAACUCUUGGCCAGGACAUGGCCUGCAUCAGACUGGCCCCGCCCCACCCCCCACUGCGUCUGAGUCUUGGCACUAUCCUCUGGCAUCUCAGGUGAGCCCAUCCUACAGCCACAUGCAUGACAUGUACUUGCGCCAUCACCACCCUCACGCUCACGUGCACCACCGCCACCACCACCACCACCACCACCCAGCUGCUGGCUCUGCCUUGGAUCCCGCGUAUGGGCACCUGCUAAUGCCAUCAGUGAGAGCAGCAAGGAUUCCUGCUCCCCAGUGCGACAUCACCAAGACAGAUCUGACUACAGUCACCACGGCUACCUCAGCAUGGGCCGGAGCCUUUCAUGGGACAGUGGACAUCGUGCCAAGUGUGGGCUUCGAUACAGGUCUUCAGCAUCAGGGCAAGAACAAAGAAUCAACUUGGUACUGAAGCAUGGUAUCAGCAGCUCAUACGGCAGCAUGAAUCCAAGGCCCACUGGGAAAAGAUGCCAUUGGGAUAUCCCACACAUUGGGACACAGGAAACGCGGAGUGAGAAGAGAACAUAGAAGGCCAUUGUCUUUAGAUUUGAACCUUUUCUGGAGAAAACAUAGUGGGCCCUUCUAGUCCUCGAAGAAGAGCAUUUGGGUUUAUUUUCCCUCAUCUGAGCCUUUGUCACCUGUGCAGCGUCUCAUUUUACUUGCCUUGUACCAGUACCUGGGCUAGCUUUUGCGUGCCUUUUUAUUUUUCUUUUUGAACCAGCAACCUUGUAAGAAGAUGAUCUACCAAAUGAAAAUGCUCAUUCCUUCAGGAAAAAAAAAACAAAAACAAAAACAAAAAAAAAAAAACCAUUAACUCCAUCUUCAUCUAUUUUUGUAGAAAUACAAAAUGGUUGGUUUAGCAUGGAGGGGAUAUUUUUGAAGAUGUAAUUUUUUUUUUUUAAUGUUGUAACAAUCGUUGAGUUCUGUUUAAAGAACUUGCUCUCAGAAAAGCACUGGCCAAAAUGUGUAAGCGCUGAUCCAUCUUUAAAGAGUCUGUGAUGCGCUGUGUCUGUGCUUCCGAGAGUACCUUAAAGGUUUCAUCCUUCCUCCAACAGUGGCACUACCGUAGACAAACCCUGCAACGCUGUGUUUAUGUUGAAACUCAGUGGAGAUUUAAUUCGAUGAUAGCUCUCUUAGUUUGCUGUUAUAUAUGUCUGUGCAGCUUGAAAGGGGCGGGCAUUUUCCUUUAAAGGGACACAAAGGGAAGGGGACUUCUUCCAAAUAGUUCUUGGAGGUUGACUAACAAGAAAAAUUUGGUUAAUGAACAAUACUUCUCUAUAUAUUCCAGCCUAUCUUAACAAUUAGGAGGAGAGCUUACACAUGGCUUCAAAAUAAGAAAAAAAAAUCAAUGCAUUUAGCCAUGAUAAUUGUGGACAUCACUGACAAAUUUUCAUAAUUUCUAACCAUUCAUUCACGGAUGACUUUGGAUGACUUUGUUUUCUGAAUACAAAUGAGUAGGAUCAGGAAAGGAAGGAGACACGUGUCAAAAUGCCAACUGUCCCUCAUCUUUGUAAACCGAAAAGUGAUGUAUUCUUUAUGUAAUGUUUUCAUUUGAUCAUUUUUGCAAGAUUUUCAUUUGCUUUUAAGUGUAAUUCUCAAAAAUUAGAGCAAAAUAAAAGUGGUAAUGGAUUUAAGUUUAUGCUUCAAUUACACAAACUGGCUGAUAGCUUGAGAAAUGAACUUAAAAUAGCCCACAAGAUACAAAAAAAAGAGAAGUUGGAAUUAACUUUAAUUAAGAGAAGAUUGGGCAAAGGUUGGGAUUAUGAAGGUAGCGAUGAGUGGCAAAUCAAAGACGUAGCCUAUUUUUUUCCUUUCAGUUGCUCCCAGCCACACAGGACAUUAGUGUAGUAUAGAUGCUUUUAUUUAAUAAUGUUUCUCAAAUUCUUCCAUUCCUCUCAGGCCACACAGAACAGAAUGUUAAGUCACGUGCUAUGUUCUGUUUUUAAUUGUGAACUUCAUGGGUGAGAAUACUUUACACAUUAACAACACAACAAGCAGCUACACAGAAUUCUCACAACUCAUUUCCAAACAUUUCACUUGGCUAUAUCUUAGACAUUCGUUUCUCUUCCUGUUGUGUUUUGAAUUAUAAACCUACUUCAUCUCUUGUGUUCACAGACUCCCAUCAUUUUUUUUUUUCAUCUUGAUUUUUCUUUAGCACAGUCUUCACAUUUUUAUCAAUAUAAUCUAGACUUAAGGAAGCUGCCACUCACCAGUUUAGGAACUUUAGCAUCCAGAUAAUGGGCCUCAUUAAAUUCUGUGCAUAUUUAUCUGGAAUUUGAUAACAAGUAAAAAUUGUUUUAUUUGUUAUCUGUAUCUGUAUAACUAUGUGGACCAUAGAGUUGAAUGAGUCUAUCAAAUUCAUGAUGUCUUGAGUCCUCUUAAGUUGUAAGAACUGAGCACUUAGCAACUCUCAUGAGGGAAACACAUUGGCUGUUGUCACAUUCUUCCUUGGGAUAUAUUAACUUACAUUGCCAUGUCUCUUAGAACAGUACCACACUUCAAAUCACUGAGCUCACUCCAUUAAAAUUUUCCAGAUAAGGGAGGAUAAGAGGACUUACUUGUUUCCUUUCCUUCUUUAUCAUCAUUCUGGAUUGAAAAAGAAAGGAGGUAAUUUAGUGGUUUUGCUCUGAUAUCCUUGUGACUAUGGCCAAAACAUGUUUUGGUUCAAGACCAAAGGAAAGUGAAGAAUCUGAAUUCUUUUGCAUACAACAAAGGCAUGAGCUCUCCCUUUAAGAAUAGGCAUAGGUAUCAGUGGCACAUUGUCACCAAAGUAGGAGACCAAAAUCUAAUAAAAGGAAAUAGAACAUGUCUCUAAUUAUCCAGCAUCUCUCAGUGUUUUGACACUAUUGUAACAAGCAGAAGUAAUAAGGGAGCUAUACCAUAGCAAAAUAAGUAAUUUUAAUUUAUUUGCAUAUAAAGUGCUAUUACACUCUGGAUCUGGGAUUCUCACUUUAAAGUACUGCUGCUAUACUGAAUGGUUUUUGCCUUCUACCCCUCUGAAUUCAUUAGACCCAUUCUACCUUUGACUAUUUCACAACUUAAAUUUCUUUCAGUCUGUUAGAAAGCCUGUACACUUGACACCAGAAAAACUUAUUAUUCUAUAUGCAAUCUACUAUUUCACCAGUGAACUCUCUACAGUAAGAAACCACAGAAUGUUGGCUAUUAGAGUCCCUGCAGGAUAUUCGAUCAUUCCUUGUUAAUUUCUAAAGAACCUCUGAAGUUUAUAGUCUAAACAUUUAUAUAAACCAAGUUGAUAUAUUAUCUUUCAAAGGUUACCUAUUCUUUAAACUCUUCCAACUUUUCUGUUUUGAAUUCCUUAUUGAGAUUUGCAUGUUAACUCCUGAAAAUGGAAAUAUUAUCCUCAAAUUUAUAAAAUGAGUAUGAGUGGACUGCAAAAAUACUGAAGAACAUAUUUCCCAAAGUUGUGGCAUUAGAAGAAAAUGUUCUAGAGGACCACACCAUUUAUUCUAUCAAUAGUAAUUGCCUGUUCCUAAGCUUGCAGAACACGGGACAGGUAGUAGCCUUAAGAUCACUAUCUGACCGGAUGUUGUAAUUUCAAGUGAUAGAGAGUGUACUUUCAUAAAUUGCACGCUGUCCCUUAUGAGAAGCAUGCCUGUGUGAAGUAGCAUUUGCUGAAUUAGUCAUUGGGAAUGGCAGUAAGUGAUGGACAAGACAAGGAAGGACGCACUUUACUGUUUUGACGGAGAAAGAGUGGGCCAGCAGGAUGAGUUAGUGUGACCUCGGUUGGUCGCUGAAUCCUGACUCAGCUGUAGUUGAUUGUUUCAGAACUUCAUUUACCUCAUGAUAAAAAUUGGAUAAUACUACCUAACAGGAUGGCUGUGAAAGUUGGGAAACAUAAACAGAUGCACCUGACUUACAGCAUAGAUGUUCAAACAGCUACCAGCCUCCUCAACUGACCAUCAGUUCAGCAAGUUGGUUAUAAAACUGAGCUCUUAAAUAUCCUGUCCCUUAAUGUUGCGCAUUCAUUAUUCAGCACCUAAAUAGACCAAUGUCUGCUUCUCUGUAAAGAGUCAUUGAAAGGGGACUCUUUUUUUAGUUCUUUUCCUUACUUAUGGCAGAUAAAAUGUUAACUUCUUAAUGAACUCCGAGUUUUUAAUGUGGUGUUUCUGAAGAAAUGUUAAUUAAACAUCUAGUUGUAUGUAGCCAGAGUCUGAGUCAUAUUCACCCACAACUCUUUAUAUUGUUCUCUCCAAAAUUAUGAGGGCAGUGUCACCAAGCCCCCGACCUUUGUAUUUGUCAGAUAUACAUUGUGUUUCUGUGGCACUGGCCUAAGAAUGUUCUUCUCCUCUGCCCCUCUUGUUUUUCCUUGCCUCGGAGGAA